CCGAGUGGAUCGAUCGAAAUGGCAGAGCAGAGACAUGCGGGUGAUGGAUCACAGGUCCAUGGACCUAAUGAUGCCACAAGUCACCAGCUGGGAAGGAUGAUCAUGGAAAGACUGCUAUCCAAACUGCAGGAUACAGUGAGUCGCCUACCCCUAGAUUUAGAUUAUUUGCAGUUUUUAUGCAGUCAUGAGCUUCUCUUCAUUUCAUCAGUCUAUGAUCAAAUUUCAGUCCCAGAGGAACUCCUUGGUGAACUGUCAACCUUGAAAAACACAGUGGAUAGGCAUAUUGACAAUAACAAUGAACCUGUUACUGCCCUUGAAGUGGAAUUUGGAGUUAAGGGGCCCCCAAAGUUUAUUAUUUCCAGAGAACAUCUUCAGUACCUAGUUAAUAUGCAGCUAUCUGUUCCAUGUAUCGCCGAGCUUCUUGGUGUGUCAACAAGGACAAUCAAACGUCGCCUCACUGAGUAUGGCAUUUCUCUAAAGGACACCUACAGUAAAAUCACAGAUGAAGAACUUGACAACCUAGUGAGGUCAAUCAAAGCUAAAAGUCCACACCUAGGCCAUAGAAUGAUGAAGGGACACUUACAAGCCUUGGGUCAUCGUGUGCCAUGGACAAGAGUUUGGGAUUCCAUGCAUCGAGUGGACUCUGCUGGAAUACUAGCAAGAAUUACACAAUUGAGAUGUGUAGUCAGAAGGACUUAUUCCGUCAAGGGCCCUCUUCAUGUUGUUCACAUAGACACAAACCAUAAGCUGAUAAGAUAUGGCCUUGUGAUAUUCGGUGCCAUUGAUGGGUACUCCAGAAAGAUCAUGUACCUUGGACCUGCAACCGAUAACAAGGCAUCCACUGCCCUCGGUUUCUUCCUUCAGUCAGUGGAGAGACAUGGGUUUCCAUUGAGAGUUCGAGGAGACCAAGGAGUUGAAAAUGUAGAGAUUGCCAGAUGUAUGUUUUCUGUGCGUGGUUGUGGCAGGGGAAGCUACAUCUCAGGAAAAAGCGUGCAUAACCAGCGUUUGUGUUCCUGCCUCGUCUCCAGGCCAGCCUUGACUCCUUUACUAGUGGGUGGAAUAACCAUCCUCUCCGCACAGAGAGUAAUAGAAGCCCAGACCAGUUGUGGGAAAUUGGACUCCUGCAAAACCCUGUCCCUCCUCCAGUCCAAUCUGAGAUUGCACAAGACGACGACUCUGACUGGGACACAGACAGUAUCUCUGACCAGCCGUGGACAGGAAUUGUAGUUCCUCCAGUCGAAUGCCCCUUAACUGAAGAACUUAAGGCCCAAAUUCAAACUUUUUUUAACCCAACCUCACACUCUCAAAACUAUGGAAGAGACAAGUAUUUAGAAGUUUUGAAUUUUGUUCUGCUUCAUUCUUAAUUGACACUAAAUCAAUCAUUGAAAUGACUAGUGACCAAAUGAUCCAUUUAGAAGCAAAUUAACAUCCAAUUCAAUAAAAAACAAAC